UUACAUUUCCCAUUUUAGUUAUUAAAACUAUUUUCGUUUGUCUUUUUGUAUCAGUUUAAAAAAUCUUAGUUUUAAAUGUCGAAGAACAACAAUAAAGAAAACAAAUCGAAAAGAGGAUUGAACAAAAUGAAAGCAAAACCAAAAAAAAGAUAAAGAAAAAGAAAAUAGAAAAGUGUUUUGCGCGGCUGGCAGGAAAAAAAGAUCUCUAUAGACAAGUCAAGUCAAGUCGAGCCCAAUAUAGGCUCAAUAGAGACAGUGAGAAAAACAGACAGAGAGACAGAGAGAGAGAGAGAGAUAAGAAUAACACAUUUUUCGAUAACGAUAACGAUAACCAAUUAAUGAAUGAUACUUAUCGACCAAUCGGCUAACAAAACGAGACAAGACGUAAGCAUACACAGUGUGGGGUUUUCUGUACCGCUGUGCCGCGGCAGCACCGUUAGCUACCAUGGGCGCCAACGUAUCGCAGCUGGAGCGUGAGAUUGGCUCCGAACUGUUUCCGCCCAACGAGCACUAUUUCGGGCUGGUUAACUUUGGGAACACAUGCUAUAGCAACUCGGUGCUGCAGGCGCUCUACUUCUGCAAGCCCUUUCGCGAAAAGGUGCUCGAGUACAAGGCCAAGAACAAGAGGCCCAAGGAAACGUUGCUCUCCUGCCUGGCGGAUCUCUUCUACAGCAUUGCCACACAGAAGAAGAAAGUCGGCUCGAUAGCGCCGAAGAAGUUCAUAACGCGACUGCGCAAGGAGAAAGAAGAGUUCGACAACUAUAUGCAGCAGGAUGCCCACGAGUUUCUGAAUUUCUUGAUCAAUCACAUCAAUGAAAUAAUUCUGGCGGAACGCAACAGUGGGAAGACCCUGGCUGCUGGCUCCAGUGUGUCGGUCUUAGCCACUGGCCCGGCCCAGGGCAAUGGCAAUGCUACGAAUACGAAAUCCAGCUCGAAUUCCAAUUCAUCGAACUCCACAUCGACGUCAACGUCAAAUGGCAAUUGCAGCAAUUCGACGGGCUCGCUGAGCGUUCUGGAUGGCAAUGGCAGCGUCACAGCGACCACGACGCCAAUCGGCCAAACGAAUGGAGCCAAUACGGAGCCCACUUGGGUGCAUGAGAUCUUCCAGGGGAUUCUCACGUCCGAGACGCGAUGCCUGAACUGCGAGACGGUGAGCAGCAAGGAUGAGAACUUUUUCGAUCUGCAGGUGGACGUGGAUCAGAACACAUCGAUCACGCACUGUUUGCGCUGCUUCAGCAAUACGGAAACCCUUUGCUCGGACAACAAGUUCAAGUGCGACAAUUGCUGCAGCUACCAGGAGGCACAGAAGCGGAUGCGUGUCAAGAAGUUGCCAAUGAUACUGGCCUUGCACCUGAAGCGCUUCAAGUAUAUGGAGCAAUUUAAUCGGCAUAUCAAGGUGUCGCAUCGUGUUGUCUUUCCGCUCGAGUUGCGCCUGUUCAAUACGUCGGACGAUGCCGUCAAUCCGGACAGACUCUACGAUCUGACCGCAGUGGUUAUACACUGUGGAUCGGGCCCGAAUCGUGGCCACUACAUCAGCAUUGUUAAGAGUCACGGACUCUGGCUGCUCUUCGAUGACGAUAUGGUUGACAAAAUAGAAGCUUCGACCAUUGAGGACUUCUACGGCCUGACCUCGGACAUACACAAGUCCUCGGAAACGGGCUACAUAUUGUUCUAUCAAUCGCGCGAUUGCGCUGCAUAGAUAAAUGCGCAAUUUAAGUAAAAGUUUUGUUCUUGAUUUAAGUAAAAAGUUUUCUAGGCUCUACCCAGAUAUAUAUAUACAUAUAUAUGAUAUAUAAUCUCCUAGCCUAUAUCUAGGCAAAUUUCUAUGUUCAUUCAUUUUACAAUAAUAACAACAAUAAUAAACAAUGAUAUUC